AUGAGCAAUUCCGCUACACAACCCCCUUUCAAAGUGAUCAUUGUUGGCGCGGGUCUCGCUGGCAGCCUUCUGGCUAACGGGCUAGCGCGACACAAUGUCGACUUCGAGGUGUAUGAAAGACAAGAGAAGAACUCCAAAAGAGAAGGAUAUCAGAUCCGCUUAGGGGAGGCUACAUUUAUAGGCAUGCGAGCAUGUCUUGACCAAGACCAAAUCGAUUCAAUCUCCAAGCACUUCGGCAGGUCAGUGUCAUCGCAGGCACCGAUCUUGUACGACAAACACUUUCGUAAGAUUUUCGAACCCGGGCUCGACCCGAACUAUACACAAUCCUCGCCUAUUAGCCGCGUCAUCCUCCAAAAUGCUCUUCGCGAGCCACUUGACACAAUGAGCAAGAUUCAUUAUCAAAAGAAAUUCAAGGACUUUGAAAUUUGUCCAGGACUCCAUCGAGAUAUAGUUGCGGUGAACUUUGAUGAUGGCACCUCUGACGUCUGCGACAUUUUGCUUGCUGCUGAUGGCAAUAACUCGCAGAUCAAUAAUCUCUGCGGACUUAACAACAUCGAGGAAAUAAGCUCUUUUAGGUCCUUUUUGACUAGAUGCGACCUUCCAUUGUCAGUUUGCCGCCGGCUGUCACCGGAUCCGAGCUCACCCAUAGCUACUUUACAAGAUGGAAAGACCCUGUAUUUCCAAGUCUAUAUGCCCGGUGACAUGACAGCUCGUUUUGAAAAUGCAGAUGCCGAAAAUGAAGAAGAGCUAGCGUCGUGUAUGCUCGGUGUUGGAUUCUUCGUCGAUCGCAUGGCGACCUCACGCAGCUUCGAAUCUUUGUCGCAAGCAGAAAAGUGGGAUGCCGUUGACCAUCUCUUUUGGGACUGGUCCCCAAAACAGUAA